AUGUCUGACGACUCGGACUAUGAAUCCGUGCUCCUCGUAAUUCGAGAGUGCUAUGUCUACAAAGUGCCACCGCUGCAGUCAUCAAGUCGCGGCUACAGAGCCGCCGAUUGGGGUAACGUCGACGAGCCCAUCUGGCGUGGGCGUCUUCGGAUCAUUGCCCAGGGCAAAAAUUGUUUUAUCCGCCUCGAGGACGGUCAAACAGGAGAACUCUUUGCCGUGUGCCCCUACGAAGAGAACAAGGGCUGUAUUGAAAGCGUCACGGACUCGAGUCGCUACUUUGUCGUCAGGAUUGAAGACCAAGGACGACAUGCCUUCAUUGGGCUGGGCUUCCUCGACCGCAGCCAUGCUUUCGAUUUCAAUGUCGCCCUUCAGGAUCAUUUUAAGCAUUUGGCGGCAGAGGAACGAUCGGCAGAACAAAAGAAGUCUGGCGUUCAACAGCCCAAACUGGACUUUUCGCUAAAAGAAGGCCAGACUUUGAACUUGACCAUUGCAGGCGGCGGUACCGGAGCUUCUACGCGUAGGAAUCGUCCACCCCGACCCGCAGCAUCUGACGAAGGAGUGCUUCCUGCACUACUUCCUCCUCCUCCACCACCAGGAAAGAGAAAGUAG